UAAGAGUCGGCCCACUGAAUGAAGCGACACUUACCGCAUCACCUGUUGUGGAAGAGCCGGUGAGACAAGCGAUCGCACGAUCAACAUGAAGGCUACAUGGGUAUUUUUGUUGGCUGUCGGAGUGGUUUCAGCCGAUGUCGGACUCGGCUACCACUACAAAGUGCCUCAGACCUCAUAUGGAGUUCCCUCCUACCAGUUCGGCAGCAGUAACUCUGGCCAGUACAGCUCCGCAUACGCGGGAUCUCAAGGAGGCUACCAGGGUCACCAAAACUCUGGAUACCAAACCGGAAGCGCUCACUCAGGUAGCGGCUCUGGAUACAACUACCAAAGCUCCGGCUCCAACAGUGGCGUCAAUUAUGUAAAACCUAACUACCAAACCGGAUACAACACGCAAUACGACUCAUCCAGCCAAUACCAGGCUUCAGCGGUUAACAAAUACCAGCAGUACUACCAAGUGCAACACCAGCCUGCCCAAAUUUUCAAACACUUCUACGUGCACGCCGCUCCUGAAGAACAUGAAGAAGUUAAGGUUCGCAAACCCAUCGUACUGCCUCCCCCCCAGAAGCACUACAAGAUCAUCUUCGUGAAGGCACCCAGCGAAGCUAGCGCCCCACAGGUCAUUGCUCCCGUACAACCUCAGAAUGAAGAAAAGACUAUUGUCUACGUCCUUGUUAAGAAACCUGACGAACAGCCCGAAGUCGUCCUUCCUAAGAUCGAACAGAAGCCCCCCUCCAAGCCCGAGGUAUACUUCAUCAAGUACAAGAACAAGGAAGAUUCCCAAGCCGUGAUCAACAACAUCGUCAAGGACUACAACCAGGGCCAAUCUGUCUCCCUUAACUCUGGAUCCGCUGAGGGUUCCUACCAGUCCCCCGUCGCCCAGUACCCACACCACAGCUCCUCUGGCGGAUCAUUCAGCUCUCUGGGCUCCACCAGCCAGGCUUUCGGUCUGAGCACCGCUUCGUCUAGCUCCGGCAGUGGUCUGGAAGAGUCCAACAUCUCCAGCAGCAUUUCUUCGCCAGUAACUGUGAGCAGCACGGCAUCCAGCGCAGGCUAUGAAGGUGCUAUCUCUACUAGUCAGGGAGUCCCCCACGAAACAUACGGACCUCCCAAAUUCAGGGUAAACUAAAUGAUUACAACGACUUUAUUUAACUUACGCGUACUAGAUGUUAUGUAAUGGAUAUUAAUAAAUGUAUUAAUUCCUA